AGAAUCUCACACUCCUCCGACACCUUCACACCCACCAAAACACCCUAUCUGUCAGCUUGGUCAUGUCUAAGCUCGAAGUCAACCGACGUGUUCCGUACGUGCGUCUGGGUAACUCUGGUCUGAAAGUCUCCAAGCUCAUCUUGGGAUGCAUGAGCUACGGGAAUCCCUCUUGGGAAGCAUGGGUUCUGAACGAGAAGGACUCGAUUGAACAAAUCAAGUUCGCCUACCAGAACGGUAUCCAGACAUUUGAUACCGCCAACGUGUACUCAAACGGCGAAAGCGAGCGCAUCCUUGGUAAGGCCAUCAAGCAGCUCGGCUUGCCUCGUGAAGAGAUUGUGGUCAUGACCAAAGUCUACUUUGUCUCCGCCCGCACACCUACGGAACCGCUCAUGCUUUCCAUCCCCGAAGCUGAGAAGAACGGCUAUGUCAAUCAACGUGGUCUUAGCAGGAAGCAUAUCUUCGACAGCGUCAAAGCCAGCUUGAAGAGGCUCGAUCUCGAAUACAUCGACGUACUCCAGUGCCACCGGUUCGACGUUGAUACCCCAAUCGAGGAGACUAUGCAAGCUUUGCACGAUGUCGUCCAAGCUGGAUAUGUCCGCUACGUUGGGAUGAGCUCGUGUCAUGCGUGGCAAUUCCACGCUAUGCAAAACUACGCGAUCAACAAUAAAUUGACACCCUUCAUCUCCAUGCAGAAUCACUAUAACAUGCUCUACCGCGAGGAAGAGCGCGAGAUGAUGCCCACUCUCAAGCACUUCGGAGUGGGGUCGAUCCCCUGGAGCCCUCUUGCCAGAGGAGCUGUCUGUCGCCCCGUUUCUCAAAUCAAGACCACGGAAAGGGCUAGUACGGACAUGAUGCCGGCCGGUGUGUAUAUUGGGGCGAGUGCGGCCGGUCCAGUCAUCGUUGGCCGCAUUGAAGAGCUCGCGAAGAAGCAUGGUGCGAGCAUGGCACAAAUCGGUUUAGCUUGGGUAAUGGCAAAGCCUGGGGUAACGGCGCCUAUCAUCGGUACCACGUCGAUGGAGAAGCUCAAGGAUAACCUGGGUGCACUCGAUGUCAAGUUGAGCGAGGAGGACAUAAAAUAUUUGGACGAACCUUACGUACCUCUUCCAGUCAUUGGGCACUGAUAGGCGGAAUGCCCUGCUGGCCGUGACGAGACUCUGCUUCUUAUACUAUCGACAUUGACCGGCCUUGUACAUCUGUAUCUUCGUUACGUCGGUUCACAUAUGGAGGAUAUCUUUUCAAGCGAGCAUGCUCAGUCAAAACGUCACGCAGCACAUGGCCAUGACAA